ACGUUGCGUCACACUCGAGGGUGAUCGAGUUCGCUUUGAUAUCCAAGAGAAUCCGCUUAGAAACAUGAGACAAUGAUGAUGGGCUCGUUCGGGAUCGGCACAGCCGCAGCUGCAACUGCGGGACUGAUAGUCAUGGCGAUGUUAAGCAGUGGUCACGCUGCAUUGGCAAGAACAGCGUUCGAGAAAUUAACUGAUUUCGAUUACCGAGGUACGACUUAUUACAGUGUUAGAAAUUUAUCGCUUUACGAGUGUCAAGGUUGGUGCCGAGAGGAAGCUGAAUGCCAAGCUGCAGCUUUCUCCUUUGUAGUAAAUCCUUUAGCACCGAUGCAGGACACUCUUUGUCAAUUACAAAACGAAACGGCAGCUACCAAUCCAGCAGCUCAACCUCAACGUGCUGUGAACAUGUAUUACAUGACGAAACUGCAGAUCAGAUCAGAAAACGUAUGUCUCCGACCAUGGUCCUUCGAACGUAUACCAAAUAAAAUGAUUCGUGGAUUGGACAAUGCACUCAUUUAUACAUCGACGAAGGAAGCCUGUCUCGCUGCCUGUUUGAACGAACACAGAUUUACCUGCCGAUCUCUCGAAUAUAAUUACGUUACUCUUCAGUGUCAUCUCAGUGACUCCGAUCGACGUACCACCGGGCAAUACGUUCAAUUCGUCGAUGCUCAGGGUGUCGAUUAUUUUGAAAAUCUUUGCUUGAAGGGAAAAGAAGCUUGCAAGUCUCAAAGGAUCUUUCAAAUUCCUAGAAUCGGAGUCGCCGAUGACAAAGUCGCUCAAUACGCUGGUCUACAUUAUUAUACCGAUAAAGAGCUCCAAGUUCAAAGCGAAUCUGCAUGCAGAUUGGCCUGCGAAAUUGAGAACGAGUUCCUUUGCAGAUCGUUCCUUUAUCGUGGCGCACCUCAAGGAUCGGCUUAUAAUUGUCAUCUAUUUCAUUUGGAUCAUUGGACUCUUCCCGACGGACCUUCGACCUAUCUUAACGCUGAAAGACCACUGAUCGAUAAUGGUGAACGAGUUGGAACCUAUUUCGAAAACUUUUGCGAGAAAGGCACCGGACCACUCGCAGAUCCGCUUCCGGUCGUCUUCGAAACUACAGAAGAUCCUACGGUGAAUAAUCUGACAAGGAACGAUAUCAACUGCGAUAAAACUGGCACCUGCUAUGAUGUAUCUGUCGAUUGUAAGGACACACGUAUAGCCGUUCAAGUUCGUACAAAUAAGCCAUUCAAUGGUCGUAUCUAUGCCCUCGGACGUUCUGAAACUUGCAAUAUCGACGUUAUCAAUAGUGAUCUCUUCAGACUCGACUUAACGAUGAGCGGACAGGAUUGUAAUACGCAGAGCGUGCGUGACGGUUUUCAGACUGGCAUCUACUCGAACACAGUGGUACUCCAACAUCAUUCGGUGGUCAUGACAAAGGCUGAUAAAAUCUAUAAGGUGAAGUGUACUUACGACAUGUCAUCGAAGAAUAUCACUUUCGGGAUGAUGCCUAUCAGGGAUCCGGAAAUGAUUAGUAUCACUAGUGCACCCGAAGCACCACCACCAAGGAUACGCAUUCUCGAUAGCAGAUCAAGAGAAGUGGAAACCGUAAGAAUCGGAGAUAAAUUGACGUUUAGGAUCGAAAUACCUGAAGACACACCUUACGGAAUCUUUGCUCGCAGCUGCGUUGCUAUGGCCAAGGACUCGAAAAGCACCUUCCAAAUAAUCGACGAUGAAGGAUGCCCAGUGGAUCCCUCGAUAUUCCCGAGCUUCACGCCAGACGGUAACGCCCUUCAAUCGGUCUACGAAGCCUUCAGGUUCACGGAAUCUUAUGGUGUCAUCUUCCAAUGUAACGUCAAGUAUUGUCUCGGACCAUGCGAACCGGCUGUUUGCGAGUGGGGACGUGAAUCCGUUGAAUCAUGGGGCAAAAGACGUCGAAGGAAUGUCAUGAAUGCUACCGAAGAGAAAGCUGAGGACAUGACUCUUUCUCAAGAGAUUUUAGUCUUGGAUUUCGGUGAUGAGAAACAAUCAGAUUUCCUCAAAAGCGAUGCCAGCAUAGACUUCAAUGAAGCAGACAAAACCGUGACCAUCGUAGAACCAUGCCCGACAAAGACAUCGGUACUCGCAUUAGGAGUCACGUGUGCUCUUCUGGUUCUUAUCUACAUCUCUACGAUCUUUUGCUAUUACAUGAAGAAAUGGUUGUCACCGCGGAAGAUGAUGCCUUGAAAAGACUCGUUUUAUACCUGCAAAAACGAAUAGGACAAAAAAAAGACGAGUACGGGGAAAUGUUUUUAUACGAUAUACACAUAUACACAACACAUAAGUACACUUUACCUUGCGACAAUAAUAUCAUACAUUAUACGAAUAUCUCAUACGCGUGAGAAGUAUCACGAUGAAAAAUCGGCGAUAUUUGUCGAACGGGACAAAGAGAAAAAAAGAAAAAAGAAAAGGAAAAAAAAGAAAAAAAAAUACUGAAAAAAAGAAUUAAAAAAAAAAAAAAAAAAAAAAAAGAAGAAGAGAAAGGAGGACUCGUCGAACCUAAUCGCUCUGUCUUAAAAUUAUUCACAUAUCAUUGUUUCAUCGACAAUUUUGAUACCUGCCGACGGCAUAUAGGAGAUCCAUACAAAAUGUCAUGAGGUCGUAGCACGCCGUAACACGUGCCGAUCUCUUUCAUCAAUAAUAUUCAGUGACACUAAUUAUAGAAUAAUUUCGAAGUAACGUUCAACGUAUCGGCUACCAUUUUGCUCAAUACGAUAGAGUCACAAGACGGGACAUUGUGCAACGUCUUAACGACUUUCGAUCCUGUUGAUGUGUUACUCAAGUACACUAAUUUAAGAAUCUAUCCUUCCACAUUCACAUUCAUGCUCGCGCAUAAACAUAGUAUCGUAUACGUUCAUAUACGUAUUUAUUGAUUUUAAUUGAUGAGCGAUUAGAUUCGAUAAGAAAAAGAAAAAAAAAAAAAAUAAGUAUACUACUUAUUUAAGAAAAUUUUCUAAAUAGAAUUAUCUCAUAUUUCUCUCUCCUUCUCUCUUUCUUUCUCUCACUCUCUCUCUCUCUCUCUGUCUGUCUCUCUCUGUCUCUUUCUCUCUCCCUCUCUCUCUCUCUCUCUCUCUCUCUCUCUCUUGUAGCUACUUCUGAUCGGGUUGCAAGAAGAUAAUCUCGAUCGACGUAAAUUCGAAAAAGUUUUAUGAUAUAAACGACGAAUAACGAUCGAAUUUUUAUUAUUUUCCAUAAGUGUCGACUUAUAACCCGUAUCAAGACUAGCGAUAUUUAAAGGUUCACGCUUCACUAACGUUUCUAACGAUACAGAUAGAAUUAAGGUAGCGAUUAAGCAAAGUAUGCGAGCAUAAGAGAAAAAUAAGAAAGGAAGAAAGAAAGAGAGAAAGCACUGGUACAUAUGCGCGAUCGAUAUUCUCGAUUUCGUUCUUGACGCGACGUACGUUAGCAAACAGAACGACGAUAAUAUCGUAUACGUACGUUCUCAGAAUCGAAAGAAAUACUCCGUACAGUUUCAUAGUUUUUGGUGGUGCGCAUGGAAAUUCCAUUCCAUUAAUCGUAUAAGAUUUAACAACGUAACGUAAAGUUUAUCUCAUUAAUAAUAAAACUACAGUCUAUUCACGAUCAUGCGAAAUUUCGAAGAAAAUUUUCCUCGCGAAGCGUCGAUAAUUCUUCGAUCGGGGUCCGGUGCGAAUUAUUUUUUCGUAAUAUCGCACUGAAAGAAGAAGAAGAAGAAGAAGAAGAAGAAGAAGAAGAAGAAGAAGAAGAAGAAAAAAAAGAAAAGAAAAAAAGAAAGAGAAAAAAGAAAAGAUUUAAUUAACGUAUGCUUGUGAAUCGACUGAAGUGCAGCAAGACAUUCGGUUAAGGUGCUUACUCUUUAGAGUUCGAGCUCUCUGCGUAUUGUCCGUAAAAUAAAAUUUAUCUGAAUCACAAAAGUUAAACAAAAAGAUCAAUUUAAUCGUCGAAAUGAUUUAUUGUUAUUUAUUAAUCGGUAUUGGAUAUCUCUUUUUAUUUCUACGAUUUUGUUUAUCGUUAGUGUAACAAAACGAAUCAAGUGUUUAUUACAAAAAAAAAGAAAAAAAA